AUAACAUCAUUACAACAUCUCAUAGGACCUCACGAAGCAAACUAACCAUUUCUCUCUUUUUUCUGAAGAGAGAUCACAGAGCCAGAGAAUUAUAGGAGAGAGAUCGAAAGAAGAGUGCUUUUCUUACACACGCAUCGAUUGAAAAAUGCCAACGUCGAUACAGUUUCAGAGAUCUUCGACCGUCGCAGAAGCAGCCAACGCCACCGUCAGCAUCCAUCACCACCACAACAAACAGCUUCAGAAAGUGAGUCUCACGCGCGGGAUGGCCGAUGUGCCGGAACACGUGGAGCUUUCACACACGCACGUGGUGGGUCCCUCUCAGUGCUUCUCCGUCGUGGUGCAGGACGUGGAGGCCCCGGCUUCCGCCGUCUGGUCGAUCCUCAGCCGCUUCGAACACCCUCAAGCGUACAAACACUUUGUAAAGAGCUGCCACGUGGCUGUCGGAGACGGUCGAGAGGUUGGCUCCGUGAGAGAGGUCCGAGUCGUCUCGGGUCUACCCGCCGCGUUCAGCUUAGAGAGACUUGAGAUCAUGGACGAUGAUCGCCACGUCAUCAGUUUCUGCGUCGUGGGUGGGGACCACAGACUAAAGAACUACAGGUCGGUGACGACGGUGCACGAGUCCUCGUCGUCAUCGGACGAUAAGAAGAGAACACGUGUCGUGGAGUCAUACGUCGUUGACGUACCGGCAGGUAACGAUAAGGAAGAGACUUGCAGCUUCGCUGAUACCAUCGUACGUUGCAACUUGCAAUCGCUGGCUAAACUCGCAGAGAAACCCGCCUAAAUUCUCAUAAUCACUAUUUUUUUUUUUAGUUUUUAUUUUUUUUUCUAUAUUCUCUCGUUCAAAAUUUAUCUUUUUUUUUUGGAUUCUCGAGGUGGGUUUGGGUUCUAGAUUGUUUAACAUCGUCGAGAAUUUUUUCGAAACUACCAACAACAAAAGAAAAAAAAAAAGAAGAAGAAGGUGGUUUUGGUUUUUCGAAGUUAUAGGGUUUUAGGGUUUGUUAAAUUUCGUUUCGACGAUACUUUAGCUUACCUUUAAAAUCAUUUCUUCUUGAACUCUUUUGUACAGUGUCUCUCGUAGCUUUUAAUAAACAAAACAUUUGAUUGUGUAGGUUUUUUUUCAUCGUAAUAUUCUUCUUGCCCAGUUACUUUACAUAUGUAUGAUAUUUGCUUUAUAUAAUGAUUCAG